AAGGUAAUUUACAUAAAGGAGCUUUGCCGAGGGAACAAUUAGCCCGGAUUAAAGAAGUUUUAAAAGCGAGAUUUAAGCAAGAAGUUUAUGAAGAGAAAGGAUAUUUACGAGUGCGGGAGUUCACUAGCCGCUUUGGUAAUUUAGGUUUUAAUUUGCCUGAUGGUCAGAUUAUUUUCACCACUAGUCCUAGCCAAGUUAAAGUGUCUUAUAGAAAGAGAAAGCCCGGGGGAGAUUUAGCUUAUUUUAAUAAAGAGUUAGCCAAGGGGGAAAUAAUCUUUGAAGUUAAGGAAAAGGAUGAAGUGGAAAAAAAAGAAGGGAACCGAACAAAGCGAAAAGACAAAAGAAGGUUAGCCAAAUUAGGGUUAGCCAUUUCGGAAGAGGUUAGCCAUGACCAGCCUUUAAAGGUUAGCCAAAGUUUAGCCGAGGUUAGCCAUAAUGUGCCGGAGGUUAGCCACUUAAAGCCAGUUAGCCACGAGGAGGUUAGCCAUUCGCCCGGGGAGGUUAGCCAAACGGGCAAGGUUAGCCAACUUAACUCCGAGCAGGUUAGCCACGAGGAGGUUAACCAUAAUUCGUCCGAGCAGGUUAGCCAUGAUGAGGUUAGCCAAAUUAGCCCCGAAAAG